AUGAUACUGCUACACCUCGCCGACAUUCUUGCUGGCAAGGGCGUUGAGGUCGACACCAUCGCGCUCGGCGAAGCCACCGUCGUCUUUGGCCCUUCUGCAAAACGACAAAUCUUUGAAAUUGGCGGCUGCAAGGACUCUGAUGUCAUUGGUCUCCGCGCAACUUUGACGAGCCUGCUUCUCAUUUACGGGAAUAAGCCUCCUUUCGAAAUCUGGAACCUGGAGCAAGCCAUCAUCGCAGCCCUCAAAGCAUGUGGUCAAGACAUCGGUGUCGGUCCCAUCAUCCCCGACCAACCAAUUCCGGGUGGUCCGCUUAUCCCCGAUAAGCCUGUGCCCGGGGGCCCGAUCAUCCCAGACCAGCCGGUCCCGGGUGGGCCCAUCGUCACUCAAUCUCCGGUCCCCGGAGGUCCGAUCACCCCCAGCGACUAG